GUUGGACACCAUUUCGGUCGAUUGCCCUUGGUAACCUCUCCCUAUCCUGGUGAUUCUAUUUUCCAUUCCCCUGUGGAAAGCCGUCAGACUACAGUUCGAACCACUCCACUUGCCGAACGUAUUUGCCAAUUAGAUAUUAUCACUUUCCUUUCUGGUAUUUCCAUCUAUUCCACCAUUCGCCGUCUCUCCAGCAUCGAUUUGACUUCCUUUAGUCACGAUCCUGCUUCAUCCAAUAAUGCUAACAGUAGCAAUGACAAUAUAUAUGCCAUGUGGCGGGCCCUUGACCUCACCCGGGCAGGUUCAGGCUCUAGUAAAGUUGAAGAUUGUCCUAUUCGACAGUCUGAUGCCAGCAGAUUAAUGACAGCUCUCCCUUUAUGUCUCAUGCCUGAUUGCCUACUGCCAACUUCGCCUCAACGACACUGGUGGUUAGCUGUUUCCGCUCUGGCCAGUAACAAACCAGGGUACGUGAUAGAGCUAUAUCCAAUUCAUUAA